AUGUCAACAGCAGCGGUAAUCGAUAAACUGCAACGGAAGGGGAUCGGAGAGUUGGAGGGGUUAAAUAGCAGGCCGUACUCGCGAUUUCACCUAUGUCUGGACGCGUUCCACAAGGAUGGUUUCGACGCUUUUUUUUAUCCCCGCAAACAAGGAAAAACGAAUACCCUCGAUGAUGUAGCAGCAAACAGGACCGCCGGUCAAGGGCUUCCUCCGGCACCACAAAACCUUCUUGAGCCGAUUAUAUCAAGUAUUCCAGAGCAUGCAGACACUGAGAUAGACCCCAGCACUAGGGUCAACGACCAAGAACCAAAACAAGAACAGAAAUCGUGCAGCAAUAACACCGCGUCUAUCUCACCGAGAGAGUCCACGACUGGUUAUUCCUGUCAACCUCAAGCCGUAGGCAAGCAGGGAGAAAUAUACACCGAGGAACGCGGGUUCAUACCUUUAGAGUUAAGUCCUGAAGAGGUGAAAAUACAAAUAUCACCCACCGAAAAUAUCGCCUGUCCAAUAGAAUCAAGAUCACCGCAAGAAACCGCCACUGAACACCAAUCGCCGGCGGAUAAGGUGUUGCCUCCGGCGCUCGAAGACUCAAUAACACGCACUUCCACAAUAGGGUACCUGGACCAUCACCCAGGUCAUAUCUCGCCCGGUAACCUCGCCACCAAUGGUCUCAUCGAAAACUACCCACAGAAACAGCAUCCUGAACCCUUAGCAGCAGUGAGUACACCUCAGAUCUCGGGUGAAGACUUGAUCCGAUCCCACUCUAAGCCUGCACCAUAUUUAAACAAAGAGAAUAAAGCCAUGGACUUGAGUCAGCGUUUGGAAGAAUUCAAGCUAGAAACUGGAUUCCAGGGGGACUACGUUCUACAACGAGCGGGCACGUGGGAAAGUGGAAGCUCUACAAAGCUAUGGAGAACAUCAAGAUGGAAGAAAAAGGCGGUGAUUGGGAGCGGGAACUUUGGAACCUUUGACCAUCUUUUCGUAAACUUCGACGGCUGGUACGAAGAUUCGGAUAACAUGUUCCUUGUGAUGGAAUAUGUUAGGGAUGGCGACUUAAGCAAAUAUAUUCAGCGAUCGAAAGAAGGUUCAAAGGGUUCCAGAUCACUGAUGGAGGUUAAGGAGAUUACUAGGCAAAUCUUAGAAGGACUUGAGGUGCUCCACAGUAAAAAGAUUUAUCACCGUGAUUUAAAGCCGCAGAAUAUCCUCAUGGCCUCUCUUGAUCCAGUGUGGAUUAAGAUAGCGGACUUUGGUGCUUCGAAACAUGCAAAGAAUACCAGCCUACGAACAAGAGCUGGUACCCAAGGUUAUCUCGCGCCCGAAAUACUUGGAUGUAACCCCAAAAAGUUCAAAACUCAGGGUUUGAUUCCUCAUGCUUUGGAUGUGUGGUCGUUGGGAUGUUUGGUGUAUGAACUCAUCGCCUUCGAACCUCCCUUUCUUGAUCAAGAGCCGGAUGAGGAAGACGAACCUGCCACAGGCGUAGAAGCCUGGCCGACAUCAGAACCCCGCGAAUUCGACUUCGCAUGUCUUCGGGAGUAUUGCGAUUCUGGCCUCGAAUUCCCGGCGGCACUUCUGAAGCAAUCAGAUCUUCCGGUGGGUGAAGAAGAAGAAGCCUUUAUCCGAAGUCUUUCGGUUCCAAGUCCAAUGGCUCGGCCGACGGCAGCCAAUAGCUUACAAGGCCCAUGGCUGAGAGGACUUUAUUAUACAAGCGGUAGGAUUGAGUUUUGGAAGAAUGAGUUUUUGCAGCUUGGGGUGCAGCUGGACUUCGGUAAAGAGAAUAUAUUGAUGCGGCAAGUGGAUGUGAGAGACAUCUAUCAGUUUCUACCCAAGGGUGCUAAGGGUGCUAAGGGUUCGGUUUCGGAUCUUCUUAUGGUGGCUGCGAGGAAAAGUCGCAAGGAGGCUCUUGAGAGACUACUCAAGUCCCCGAGUUGUCUGGAGUCGAUAGGCAGUGUAAAUAGGGUGAAAUUAUUUCAGCAGGCGAUAGAGACUGGACAGAGAGAUAUGGUGCAAAGACUUUUACAACACAAGGCAUUUGCUGAGGCCUCCUUUGGCGACAAAUCAGUGCAAGGAUGGGCGGUAGAGGUGGCUGGGGAUGAUGGUGAGAUGGUCAAGGUGAUCCUUGAACAUGCAAGUGAUCUUUGUGGUGCACUUCUAUUGGCUGUCAAGUCUGGUGAUGUUGAUAUAGUACGGACAGUUUUGGGGAGAGAUCCCGAAAAGGAGGUUUUCGACACCGGAGAUUCUCUCCAUACACCCUUGCGAGAGGCAGUUAAGGAAGGGUAUCUUGAUAUUGUUAAAUUGCUUCUAAACGAAGACACAAACAUUAAUUUUCCAGCGCCAUAUGAUGCAGGUCGUCGGACACUACUUCAGACAGCUGCCGCACAUGGUCAUGUCGAGAUAGUAAAAUACUUGCUGGACAAGGGGGUAAAUGUCAACGGGUUAGCUGAGAGGGAUGGCGGCCGAACAGCCCUGCAAGCGGCCUCUGAGCUUGGUCAUGUCGAGAUCAUCAAUCUGCUAUUGAAAAAUGGUGCAAAUGUGAAUAGCCCAGCAGCGUAUACCAACGGCCGGACAGCCUUGCAAGCGGCUGUCGAGCGUGAACACCUUGAUGCCAUCAAGAUUUUGCUGGACAGUGGCGCGAAUGUAAACGGCAGCGCAGGGGCCGAGGGCGGUAAAACGGCACUACAGGCAGAUGCAAGAUGUGGAAAUCUGGAAAUCAUGGCCUGCACCGGCGGACAUUUUGGCAUUGUCAAGCUCCUGUUAAACGAAGGCGCCGAUAUCGACUCAAGGGCAGGACGUUAUGGAAGAACGGCAUUACAGGCAGCAGCCGAAGUGGGCGAUAUGGAGACUUUUAAGCUACUUAUGGAACAUAAGGCGGAUGUCAACGCGACAGCAGGAGGAGGAGAAUCAGCACAUAAACGAAGUACAGCUCUACAGCUGGCUGCGGGAAAUGGAUAUUUCGAAAUGGUCAAAAUCUUGAUAGACAACAACGCCCACGUCAAUGCCGCCGCGUUCGAUCCCGCCCCGUUCAGAGAAUAUAAUUUAACAGCGUUGCAAGCAGCAGCCAAGGGCGGACAUUUGAGAAUCGUAAAGCUCUUACUAGAGAACGAGGCCAGCACAGGUGGUCGAGGUUGGACGCCCUUAUCCAUCGCUGCCGGUGGCGGAUACAUGGACAUUAUCCGGCUGUUGCUAGAGUAUGAGGACGAUUUCAAGACAAACGGAACGACGGCCUUAAAUGCUGCCAGCGGCAAUGGACGCAUUGACGUUGUGAAGCUGCUAUUAGACCGAUAUAAUGGCGCGCAUGUCAAUGCAAGAGCAGGACCGUUGGCGACGGAUCAAUAUAGCCCUAGUCCAUCUGCCCUAGAAGCAGCGGCGGGUGGUGGAUACAUCGAUGUUAUAAAGCUGUUGCUAGAUAGGGGCGCGGGCGUCUACACAAAUCCAGUAGUAGAGCCACGUCGUAAACCCACUCCAAACGCCGUAGAAGUCGCGGCUGGCGGUGGGCACAUCGGCGUUGUAGAGCUACUGCUUGAUGGGAGUACCGGCGGCACCGAGGACGUGAAAGCUGGAACGGUCGACACAUGGACUAGGGCGUUAACUGCAGCAUCUAAAGCCGGACAUUCCAACAUUCUUGAGUUCUUAUUGAAUCAUACUAUUGGUAUCAAUUCCUACACACAUCAAUGGACUAGAAACGAAGACGCAACGGCGGCAUUUCGUAAAGCGCUGGGGUUUUGUAUCAAGCGUGGGCACAUUGAGAUGGUAGAACUUAUACUACACGUGUAUAAAAACGAUGAAAUCUGUGUCGGAGCAUUGCAAAAGGCAGCACGUGUGGGAAAUAUCGGUAUUGUAAAGCUCCUACUAAGUACCAGGGCGGGUGCAGCUAUGAGUGUCGGAGCGGAUUGUUCUACGAGCUUUACAACCAAUCAAGGAAAUCUCAAUCAUUUGAUGCCCCGCCAGCGAAGACAGCUUCUAGUAGAUGUGCAAUUUACCCGUCUCGGUGGAUACAAGUUUACGCCUUUGCAAGCAGUUUGCAAGGGUGGGCAUAACAGAAUCGUCAAGCUGCUAUUGGAAAACGGUCCCAUUGAACAGCGCUACCAAAAAGAACAAAUAGCCUUGUGCCUCGCAGCUAUGGAGGGACAUACUGGGAUUGUGAAGCUCCUACUAUCAAGUAGGGCCGAUGUCAACGGCGGGGGACAAAUGGAGACCAAUUGGACUAUAAAGCCUGACGCCCCACAACUUGCUGCGUUGUACGGACAUAUUCACAUUGUUAAGCUACUUCCGGACCACGGGAUCGAUCCUAGCAAUCUGCGCGACAACAAGUGUACACCACUGCCUCUUUCCGCCUUUAAAGGUCAUACGGCCAUUGUUAAGUUGCUGCUGGAUAAUAUAUCCGUCCGCUUCCCCGAUAAGAUACUGGGUGGUAACGAGGCCUUACUAGUGGCGGCCGUGCGGGGCGGAAAUCUCAACACUAUCAGACUCUCGUUAAAGAACAAAGUAAAUGUCAAUAUUCCGGACUCGAAGUCUGUAACGGCGCUACACGCGGCAGCUGAGAUUGGACACAUCAGUAUUUUGAAGCUCUUGAUCAACAACAAGGCCGAUGUUAAUGCGGAAACCGAGGAUGGGACUACUGUUCUGAAGCGUGCUUUUAUAUCCCAAAAUAUCGACGCCAUCAAACUUCUCGUAAACUUGAAGGCCAACGAUCUCCCCAUAACCAACAACCACUACCACUACCGUGAUGAAAUUCGAGACGAAUACAGCAACGCCUCCGGCCGUGGGCUCUAG